UAUUCCCCACAAAAGCCCACAUAUUCUCCCAAACAGUAACAUUCUCCUACACUUGUUACCACGGUAGACUCUUUCCUUCAAACCAAAGUAAAAUCAAUUCUCACCGUCGAUCUUUUAUUUCAAAAUCUAUUCUACCAUCUUACUGACGCGGAACACCAAACUACUGUGCAACCCUCGAUAGUGAACAACCACCAUUUUGCUCUAAUUUUCCUCGUGAAACCAACCUAGGCUAAUACGGCAUCGUUUCACACAAGCCACGUCACAAAAACGACGUCGCAAGUAAGUGAAGGCGAGAGAGGGGAAAAAAGGAAAAAGAAAAAAAAAAGAAAAAGAAAGGGAAAACCUUGUUUUGAAAUUUCCCAUAGCUAAGUCGACGAAGUAAAGAAGAGAACAAAUAGAGUGUGGAAUGGGGGAAAGGAAAUGCUUGAUACUCAGUUUUGGUUCAAUCUUCUGAUAGUUGAAGUUUGAUUCUUUUUAAAGCGAUACGUUGCGUUUUGGAGUUUUGGUGUUAGUGUGGAUUCGGUUUAGUGAGGGAAGGGUUUGUGAAAUUUUUUGAGCGAUAAGGAAAAAAAAAUACAAAAUUGGAGAUGCAAACGGAGGCUAGGGUUGGCGUGGCGGUGGAGGGAGGUGUGAGGAAGCUGGUUCAGCCGCCGCAGCAGAAGCCACAGCAGCUUGGGACGGUGUCGCAGCUUCUUGCAGGAGGAGUCGCCGGCGCCCUCGCCAAGACCUGUACGGCGCCGCUUGCGAGACUCACCAUCCUCUUUCAGGUUCAAGGCAUGCAUUCUAAUGUUGCAACUUUGAGAAAACUCAGCAUAUGGAGUGAGGCAUCAAGAAUUAUUCAUGAAGAGGGAUUUCGAGCUUUCUGGAAAGGAAAUUUGGUUACAAUUGCUCACCGCCUACCCUAUUCGUCUGUUAACUUUUAUGCAUAUGAGCACUACAAGAAGUUAUUGAAGACAAUUCCUGUAUUGCAAAGUCAUACAGAUAAUGUCAGCGCAGAUCUUUGCAUACAGUUUGUAGGUGGUGGUCUGGCAGGAAUAACUGCUUCUGCAUCUACUUAUCCGUUGGAUCUUGUAAGAACACGGCUUGCUGCUCAGACAAACACCUCAUACUAUAGUGGUAUAUUUAAUGCUUUACAAACUAUUAGCAAGGAAGAGGGAAUAUUUGGCCUUUACAAGGGACUUGGAACUACACUCUUGACUGUAGGACCAAGUAUAGCAAUAAGCUUCACUGUAUAUGAAAGCAUGAGAUCUUAUUGGCAAUCAAAUAGACCCAAUGAUUCAGCUGCUGUUGUCAGUCUGGCUUGUGGCAGUCUUUCAGGCAUUGCAUCAUCAACAGCAACAUUUCCCUUGGAUCUUGUGAGGCGCCGGAAGCAACUGGAAGGGGCUGGUGGGCGAGCCCGUGUGUAUACAAUGGGCCUCUUUGGUAUGUUCAGACACAUUAUUCGGACUGAAGGUCUGCGAGGUCUAUACAGAGGAAUUUUGCCUGAAUACUACAAGGUGGUGCCUGGUGUAGGCAUUUGCUUUAUGACCUACGAUACACUGAAGAAGCUUUUAGCCGACAUUUCUGCAUAAUCGCACAAUUAUGCUUUGGAGUUCUGAGAUACAAUUAAGUCGAUAAAGUUAUAUGCCGACAUUUCUGCAUAAUCGCACAAUUCUGCUUUGGAGUUCCGAGAUACAAUUAAGUCGAUAAAGUUAUAUACUGAUUUAAGUUCGUAAGUUAUACUGAUUUAAGUUCAUUAUAUUUCAUGGGUUCGCAUGGUGGCAAUUUUGUGAUGCUGCUGUGGGGAUUGCAUUUUUUCCCUGUACAGAUCAUCAAGAACAUUUAAUAUUUACCCGUUAGCAGUCUUGUAUUCUCAUGUGGUCUUCUCUGUCUUGCGCUUGCGCUCUCUGGAAGACAGAGUACUGGAAUGAACUAUAAUAUCAGCAACUGAAUGCCUUAAGGAGACAGUUUUUGCACAUGGAAUCUAUAUACUGUCUUUGUUCACCAGAUGAAGUUGAAGAUAUCCAUGUGAUUGUAGGCUUUCAGUGUUGUGCAGCAUUGCUGUUUUUCCCCUCAAGAAGGAUCGUUAUUUCAGAAGUGACCUAUUCUUACUAAUAGAGUAGUUAUAGUUAGUAGUUACAUGUCAUUUUAGUUAGAGUACAUUGUCUUACAUUCAUAUUAUGAGUAGUUUCAAGAGUUGUCAUUUAGAGGAAAUCUUUUUCUUACAAAUAACAAUUAAUCUCAAGUGGAAUCUUAGUUGGGAACAAAUUUGUUGUGAAUUAGAAAUUUUAUGCAGAAUAUAUUUAUAAGAGAAAUGUUGAUCAACAUUGUCAACAUAGAUGAAGAAA